CUCUCAGCAGUGAAACUCCGAUAUUUUUUUUGCUGCGUGUGUAGCUGCAACGGAACUCCAAGUAGUGAAACGGCUGAGCAGGUUUCAUUUUACCCUCCGCUCCUACGGUGUUAGCUUUAUAGAGUUGUCUUUUUUCAUCGCACCGCCCUCCAUUGCCGCCUUCACCAGCGCUGCAGGAUCGUUGGGGUUUUAGCUCUUCACCUGACCCGCCAACAUGCCAGCCGCACUUACAGAUUCCAGUCAGAUAAUCUGUGAGGUCUGGGCGAGCAAUGUGGAGGAAGAGAUGAGGAAGAUCCGGCAGAUCAUUCAAAGCUACAACUACAUCGCCAUGGACACAGAAUUCCCCGGAGUGGUCGUGCGACCCAUCGGUGAGUUCCGCAGCACGGUGGACUACCAGUACCAGCUGCUGAGGUGUAACGUCGACCUGCUGAAGAUCAUCCAGCUCGGACUGACGUUCAUGAACGAGGACGGAGAUUAUCCUCCUGGAACGACGACGUGGCAGUUCAACUUCAAGUUCAACCUCACAGAAGACAUGUACUCACAGGACUCCAUAGACCUGCUCCAGAACUCCGGCCUGCAGUUCAAGAAACACGAAGAAGAAGGAAUCGACACGCUCUACUUCGCUGAGCUCCUCAUGACGUCCGGCCUGGUCCUGUGUGAAAACGUCAAGUGGCUCUCCUUCCACAGCGGCUACGACUUCGGCUACCUGGUGAAGCUCCUGACAGACGCACGGCUUCCUGAGGAGGAGCACGACUUCUUUCAGAUCCUCAACUUGUUUUUCCCGGCGAUCUACGACGUCAAGUACUUAAUGAAGAGCUGCAAGAACCUAAAGGGAGGACUACAGGAAGUGGCCGACCAGUUGGAGCUGAAGAGGAUCGGGAGGCAGCAUCAGGCUGGAUCAGACUCUCUGCUCACAGGAAUGGCCUUCUUCAGGAUGAAGGAGCUUUUCUUCGAGGACAACAUCGACGACGCUAAGUAUUGUGGGAGGUUGUACGGCCUGGGCUCCGGCUCCAGCCAGCCCCAGAACGGCAUCUCCAGCUCAGGCCAGGAGGAGACCAACAACAAGCACUGACCGAAGCGACGCGACCUUCAAGUGGAUCUCACACUUGUUUUAAAAGCCAACCAGCAGAUUUUGUCCCUCAGCAAGACUCACCGGUUCCUCCAAGCUCCUGAGUGACUGUAAACGGACUCACAGUGACUGGCCUUUCUUUUUAGUCGCUUUUUACCGAGUAUAUGGCCAUAUAUUCACCGACCCUUUUAAAAUCUUUGUUUUGCAGCAUUAGUGACUCCUUCCUUUGCAGCUUGGGACCAGCUCCUCCACCAAACUGUGAUUUUAGACCAAACAGAAGCUUCAGUUCUCCUCAUCAGCGGGACUUCCUCUCUUGUCGCAGGGAUUUUUCUUUAAGUUAAAUGCUGGACGGGCCUGUAAAUUAAAAUGUAUAAUUUUGAUGAAAAUAAAAAUGUUUUAGCUCUUUUUCCACAUUGAGAAACUUUUAACAGCGUAGAACUGUGCUCGCAUGUGUCUCCAUGGGCAAACUACUGUCGUUCUGUACGUUCUCGUUCCGCCAAACCAAACUGUCCACGGUCAGGUUUACUGUGGCUUGCUGUUGUUUUUACAUCCCACAUUGUUUUAAACAGUUGUAUAUUAAAUUGUUUUGUAUUCUCAAUGUAAA